AUGCCUGGACCAAACCAAAACAACAUAGAACCUCGUUCUGAUGACUUCAUCUACUUCUAUCAAGACCGACACCAGAUGGUUGAUCGACAUAUGCAGUCAGCCCCUAAACAUAAUAUCCAUAAAAUGAUCCCAAUCGUGGAUGGUUCCCAAGCUUAUAUCCAUCUGAAGAUGGAUAAAGGUGACCCGGUUAUGAUGAAGUUCGUCCACAAGCAUGAACGAGUUUCUUGUGACGACUUUCAGCCCAAUUGGGUUUUCGUAAACAACGGUACUUUAAGGUUCGACAACUCUGCUAUUAACAAACACGGCGCGUUCACAUGCGAUUAUUUCCCUUUGCUCCGUGGACCAGGAGACUAUAACAUAUCAUACGGCGAUCCUGUAAGAAUAGACCGGAGUUCUUUCCCCUUGAUCUCAAAUUUCUUUAAAAUUAAAUGCCAAUCAAGAUCUCAGAAUUCCAAAUACGAGAAUAUACACGCUGGAAUUUUCGAGAACAAGACAAUUUUCGACAGGCUGAAGGUUCUCAAACCUCCGUUGGAUGGUCUCGGAAUGUCUGUGGCAGUCUUGGUGUUUGAUUCCAUGUCGAGAAUGUCUUGGCUGCGGCGCAUGCCUCGAACUAGAAGCUUCAUGGUCAACAAACUACGCGCAGUAGAGUUGAAAGGUUACAACAUAGUAGGGGACGCAACCACUGCCGCCCUGAUUCCCAUACUAACAGGGAAACAUGAAGCAGAACUCCCCGAAGCCAGAAGACACUUCCCAGGAUCCAAACCAGUAGAUGAUUUCCCUUGGAUUUGGAAAGAAUUCCAAAACCGUGGUUACGUCACUUCCUGGGCGGAUGCCGAUGUUGACAUUGCACCUUUUAACUUGCGCCUGCUGGGGUUCGAACACCAGCCGACUGACUACUUCAUGAGACCGUUCUACCUCGCCGCCACGCCAACGUACAAAAACUACAACCGUUUCUGCCACGGUUCGGAACCACGUCACGUGAUCUGGUUGAAAUGGUUGAGGGACAUCUUCCACAUGCACCAGCACCACCCGAAAUUUCUGGUCCACUUCUACUCACCACUGAGUCACGACGACAACAACAUGUUAACAAUGGCUGAUGACGAUUUGAAGAAUUUUCUAGAAAAUUUAGAAAACGGUGGGUUCCUGAACAACACUCUUCUAUUUGUAAUGGCAGACCACGGUGCCAGAUAUUCUCCAGCGAGAAAAACCCUUCCUGGCAAACUGGAAGAACGUCUACCUUACGUCAGUCUCAGAUUGCCGCCUUGGUUUGAGAAAAAAUAUCCGAGUGCCGUCAAGAAUUUGAGAACCAACGUCCACAGGCUGACCUCGCCCUUUGACCUUCACGAGACGUUUAAAGACGUGCUUAGGUACGACGGCGCAGGUUUGGGUGACGUCAUAAACAGGGGGAUUAGUUUAUUUAAGGAGAUUCCGAGGACUAGGACUUGCGAGCAUGCAGGCAUUGCGCCGCAUUGGUGCGCAUGUUUGGCGUGGCAGAGAGUCAGCGCGUCAGAGCCGGACGCACGGCGUGCUCUAACAACGGCGAUUGACGCUAUCAACAAUCUAACCCGGGGUUACAGGACACUCUGCGCCAGCUUGACCAUCAGCAACGUCACGAUGGUCAGCAAACUUGUGGUCAGCGAGGACGUCCUGAAGGUCAACCGGGCUAACCUUGACCUUGACCCUGUUAUGUCUAAUCACGUGAUGAAACACGAGAGGAAGCUCUAUCAGUUGACGUUUCACACCGAGCCCGGCCACGUGGGAUUCGAACUCACACUGGAGCACCUGCUGUAUGCGGACGACAUGGUCGUUAAUCCUAAGGCGAUUAGCAUGAUUAACAAGUACGUGCACAUCAGAAAAGCAACUGACAAAAGCAGGAUUAUCUUGAGGACUACCAAGAAAAAUGCUAGAAACCCGCCAAAGUGGAUAGAGCUUUCUGUAGCGGCCCCAUGUGUCUUGGGCACAGAAAGGAAAAGAUGA